AUGUUACGUCGAGCUCUGGUCGGAGGUCUGAAGUGUUACCAUCCCCCCACUAGGCUUUCAACUCCUCUGUAUUCGGAGGGAGGUGCAUUUACGGUUAAUUGGUGGCGUAAUCGUUAUGGUCUGUACUCCCGUAGACAGACCGACCCGAUGUUGGCCGAAUUCCUAUUCCGUCAGCAAGUGAAGGAGUGGUUCUAUGAUGUGCCUUCAUACAACUACGCCGCUCUGGUUGGUUUUGCUCUUGGCAUUCUAGUAGCGGUCAUUUGGAGGCAUUUCCUCUUCAACCCCGACGUUUAUGUUCGUCGUCAAGAACUGCGUAAAAUGUGGCCCGACCGACACAGACAAUUCGCUUAUGCUGUGCCUUACCUCAACCCCCAGCUGAAGAACCUCCUUCUACCGUAUAAGAACAGUUUCAUCGACAAUGAGCCCGACUACGCCGAUUACAACCCUGUAGGUCUCCGCCCUCAGCGUGUCAUGGCCAUUAGGCGCAUACCAGGAUUCUUCUGGGCGAUACCCCAGUACUUCUUCGAGGACCCCCUCUAUACUAGUUGCUCUACUAAAAAUAUGCAGACGAUAUAUAAGAAACAGACCGACCCGAUGUUGGCCGAAUUCCUCUUUCGUCAGCAAGUAAAGGAGUGGUUCUAUGAUGUACCUUUAUACAACUAUGCGGCACUUCUUGGGAUGGCUCUUGGCAUCCUAGUAGCUCUGGCGUGGAGACAUUUCCUCUUCAAUCCAGAUGUAUACCUCCGUCGCCAGGAGCUGCGCAAGAUGUGGCCUGAUAGGCACAGACAAUUCGCAUAUGCACUCCCAUACCUCAAUCCGCGACUCAAGAAUAUUCUUAUGCCGUACUUCUUUGAGGAUCCUUUGUACACUUCGGUGUCAACUCAGAAUAUGAGGAAAAUCUACAACGAUAUCAACUAUUCUGAAUUGUAG